AUGGCAACGAAAAUCCCGGGCACGAACAAGCGCUGCUUCGAGAACGCCCACUCUGAUUUUAUCAAAGAGCAGCGAGGUUGGAGCGACGCGGAGACGAAACUCUGUCUUGAGUUUCUAUGGUACACCGUGCUCAGUCGUGACGAGAAACAGCGAUAUGAUGGUAAACGGGAAACACCAUUUAUAUGGGACAUCCCUUAUGUCGUACCACCUGCCUAUAACAAAAAGGCCGAGAACCAGCGAGAGCGAGAAGCUUUCCUGCACGAUCCUGCAAAUUACAGUGCACCUUCUGAAGGGGCUGGAUCACGUGGAGCUGAUGCCGAGGACACUUUGGGCUACAACACUACCGACGAAGUGCGUCCAGGAACACGUGGUACAGAAAGAGAGGGCUCAGCACAGCAGAACCUUCCAGGAGAAGAGCGCCCGGCCAGGGGUGACUCGGAUGAGGAUUCGCUGACCCUAAAUCCCGCGCAAAAAGUCAGGGACCUCGAGGCCCAGCUUAUCGAACUCCGCCAGAAUAACGCGUUUCUGAGCAGCAAUGCCCCAGAGCAAAAGCACUGGCCCAACCUCGACCACCUUCCUCUACCGUCAUCUACUGAUGACGGCCGUAAAGACCCAACCGGCGCCCUGCGCCCAAGGUGGAAAGCCCAAUAUCAACGAUUUAUUCGGGUUCAUAUGGGUGGAGAGUACCAUAAAAGACCCAAUGAAGACAACAACGCUCUGGGGGAGGCGGUAGCAUUUGAAAAAAUGAAGUACGGGAAGAUUGAGGCACACGAUGGCAAGCAGGUGUUAAACCAUGACGGCGGGAAAUGGGUGUUCGAACGUGUGCUUGGUCAAGGGGGAUUCGGGACAGUGGCAUUGUGGCGCAAGAAAGAUUUGGUGACUGAGCAGGUCAUAGACAUGGUUGCUGUCAAAGAAGAAGAGACAAAAUAUGCAAUAACUUGGACCGACCCGCUCUACUGGCGCGACAGCCUGCCGAGGGAGAUCUCGAUUCACGAGCAUUUAAAGAAGAUCAACCCCCCGUGUCCCUACCUCAUGAGCUCGCGCGGUUAUCGUCUCAAUCUCCGCCAGCGGAUAUGGAGGCUCUACCUACCCUACAAGCCGGGCAUGACGCUCAAAGAGCCGAUGAAGUUCAAGCGGAGCGAAGGAGACUCCGACAUACCGCUGGAUUUUAUAUUUUACACCUUCCUUGCAACAGCGGAGGCGUGCUUGGCUCUAGAAUGUGGGUGGUGGGGAGGGCAAGAGAAUGAACCUCUUGCCGAGGUAUUGGAAAAGACGGGAGGUAGGAGGCCUGGCUGGAUACCCAUCGUGCACCGAGAUCUCAAGCCUGGAAACAUCUUUCUGGAUAGGGAACCAUAUGACGCUGAGGCAAAAUGGAAUAUGUACCCAACACCUUGUGUAGGGGACAUGGGUAUGGCCAUUGAGGCUUACCCCGAUGAUCCGUAUAAUCCCGAGAACUACAGUGGUUCCGGCACGACUGAAUACAUGGCACCGGAACAAAAUGUAUAUCGUCCUCUUGGUGUGCCCUUCGCGCGCAAACUUUCGGACCGCACGAACGUUUUCGCAAUUGCCGCAAGUAUCUUUGAGCUUUGGCAGGGAAAACUGCCAGGCUUCACGGCUAUUUAUGAUGAAGAAGUGGACGCGAGCGAAGACGACAUCCACCUACCGCCCAAUCACGAUGAGGACGAAAUUGGUAAUUGGUACAUCGAUCAUCAUGGACAGAAGUCGCACAACGAACGACUUUAUAGAGGCAGAAAUCCCGACGAAAUGUAUGAGGCGGAAUGGGGCAGAACUUUGGGAACUGGUGCCCCUCAUUGGGUCAACUUGUGGGAGCUAGAGAAGUGGAAAUCAGACUGGCUCUUGCCGAGCAUCGGUAAGCCAGAUGGUGAUGAGCAACAGCCAUUGCAGAAAACCAAGGAAGUCGAGCUGGCCAACAUACUCCGUCAGUGUUUGAAGUGGAACGCAGAUGAGCGACCCUCCAUUCUCAAACUCCGAAACAUGGUGAAGAAUGCAAUAGAAGAGCUCCAAAUCAAUCCAAGCGGGGCCGAUAUGAGAAUAAUCGAACCGUUCGAGCAUGGAGUAGAGGACGGAGCUCAAAGGUUAUUUCCACGCGUUUGGCAAAAGGGCGGGUUGGUCUUUCCGAUGGACGACAACCAAGGAGCUGUGUCUUAUGUGGAAGCCUUGAACGAAAAAAUGGAACAAGGCUACCAGAGGAACGUGGGGAAAGGCCUCGCCGAGAUGACGCGACGGGCAUGGAUGCAGCAAUUGCGGCCAUAUGAGCCUCAAGAUGCUGUUGCUCAAGAAAGCAGAGGCACUAGCAGCAAAAGACGAAGCGCGACGAACGACGACAACAGGGGGUCUUCAAAGAGACAGAAACUACGUGAAGGCCCAUCCUCGGGCGGCGACAACCCCAACGACGACCCUAAGAACAACCCCAACGUUGACGACGACGGCGACGCUUGA